AUGAUUACAGCCCUCCGAUCGCCACCCAUCCAUCCUCCGGCGAUAAUCCGAUUGCCUCUUAGCCAUCCUUCAGCGAUAUUUCGAUUGCCUCUUAGCCAUCCUUCAGCGAUAUUUCGACUGCCUCUCAGCCAUCCUCCGGGACCUUCCCGUCAAGCGCCGUUCACUUUUUUGGCUGCCAUCUUUUGGCAACCUUUUCGGCCACUGGUUUCAGUUCAGGCGACCUUUCCUACGAAACUACGACGAGAUUUUCAACUUGCCUUGACUAGUUUUUCAUGCUCGUUCCAGCCGUGCCUUUUAUUUUCUUUAAUUCGGUUAGCAUUAUCGCUUUUCUGCUAUGGCUUCUCUAAAUGA